CUUGCAGGCAGCAAACACGGUGCGAACGAACAGGAGGGGGUGGGGGGGAAUAAAAAAGCUAAACGUGGAGCCGCCGGCCGGAGAUCGCGCAAGGGAAUCGAUGCGAAAAGCGCAAUAAAAAAGAACCCGCUUCGGAGCAAACAGCAUCUAAAAAGCUAGGACUCAACUGAAACCUAAAAUAAAACCUGCUCAUGCACCAUGGUUUUUCAAACUCGGCACCCUUCAUGGAUUAUUUUAUGCUACAUCUGGCUGCUCCGCUUUGCACACACCGGGGAAGCGCAGGCUGCAAAGGAAGUACUACUACUGGAUUCUAAAGCACAACAAACAGAGUUGGAAUGGAUUUCCUCUCCACCCAAUGGGUGGGAAGAAAUCAGCGGUUUGGAUGAGAACUACACCCCGAUUCGAACGUACCAGGUGUGCCAGGUCAUGGAGCCCAACCAAAACAACUGGCUGCGGACUAACUGGAUUUCGAAAGGCAAUGCACAAAGGAUUUUUGUAGAAUUGAAAUUUACCCUGAGGGAUUGUAACAGUCUUCCUGGAGUACUGGGAACUUGCAAGGAAACCUUUAAUUUGUACUAUUAUGAAACAGACUACGACACUGGCAGGAAUAUAAGAGAAAACCUCUAUGUAAAAAUAGACACCAUUGCUGCAGAUGAAAGUUUUACCCAAGGUGACCUUGGUGAAAGAAAGAUGAAGCUUAACACUGAGGUGAGAGAGAUUGGACCUUUGUCCAAAAAGGGAUUCUAUCUUGCCUUUCAGGAUGUAGGGGCUUGCAUAGCUUUGGUUUCUGUCAAAGUAUACUACAAGAAGUGCUGGUCCAUUAUUGAGAAUUUAGCUAUCUUUCCAGAUACAGUGACUGGUUCAGAAUUUUCCUCUUUAGUCGAGGUUCGAGGGACAUGUGUCAGCAGUGCAGAGGAAGAGGCGGAAAACUCCCCCAGGAUGCACUGCAGUGCAGAAGGAGAAUGGUUAGUGCCCAUUGGAAAGUGUAUCUGCAAAGCAGGCUACCAGCAGAAAGGGGACACUUGUGAACCCUGUGGCCGUGGGUUCUACAAAUCUUCCUCCCAAGAUCUCCAGUGCUCUCGCUGCCCCACUCACAGUUUUUCUGAUAAAGAAGGCUCCUCCAGAUGUGAGUGCGAGGAUGGGUAUUACAGGGCUCCUUCUGACCCACCAUAUGUGGCCUGCACAAGGCCUCCAUCUGCACCACAGAACCUCAUUUUCAACAUCAACCAAACCACAGUAAGUUUGGAAUGGAGUCCUCCCGCCGACAAUGGGGGAAGAAACGAUGUGACCUACAGAGUAUUGUGCAAGCGGUGCAGUUGGGAGCAGGGCGAGUGCGUUCCCUGUGGGAGUAACAUCGGCUACAUGCCCCAGCAGACCGGGUUAGAGGAUAACUAUGUCACGGUCAUGGACCUGCUGGCCCACGCUAACUACACUUUUGAAGUUGAAGCUGUAAAUGGAGUUUCUGACUUAAGCCGAUCCCAGAGGCUCUUUGCGGCCGUCAGUAUCACCACGGGUCAAGCAGCUCCCUCGCAAGUGAGCGGAGUGAUGAAGGAAAGGGUGCUGCAGCGGAGUGUGGAACUUUCCUGGCAGGAGCCAGAGCAUCCCAAUGGAGUCAUCACGGAAUAUGAAAUCAAGUACUACGAGAAAGAUCAAAGGGAACGGACCUAUUCGACAGUAAAAACCAAGUCGACUUCAGCUUCCAUUAAUAACCUGAAGCCAGGAACAGUGUAUGUUUUCCAGAUUCGGGCUUUUACUGCCGCUGGUUAUGGAAAUUACAGUCCCAGACUUGAUGUUGCUACACUAGAGGAAGCUACAGGUAAAAUGUUUGAAGCCACAGCAGUCUCCAGUGAACAGAACCCCGUUAUUAUCAUUGCUGUGGUUGCGGUGGCAGGGACCAUCAUCCUGGUGUUCAUGGUCUUUGGCUUCAUCAUCGGGAGAAGGCACUGUGGUUAUAGCAAAGCCGACCAAGAAGGGGAUGAAGAACUUUACUUUCAUUUUAAAUUUCCAGGCACCAAAACCUACAUUGACCCUGAAACCUAUGAGGACCCAAAUAGAGCUGUCCAUCAAUUCGCCAAGGAGCUAGAUGCCUCCUGUAUUAAAAUUGAGCGUGUGAUCGGUGCAGGAGAAUUCGGAGAAGUCUGCAGUGGUCGUUUGAAACUUCCAGGGAAAAGAGAUGUUGCAGUAGCCAUAAAAACUCUCAAAGUUGGUUACACAGAAAAACAAAGGAGAGACUUUUUAUGUGAAGCAAGCAUCAUGGGGCAGUUUGACCACCCAAAUGUUGUCCAUUUGGAAGGGGUGGUUACACGAGGGAAACCAGUCAUGAUAGUAAUAGAAUUCAUGGAAAAUGGAGCCCUAGAUGCAUUUCUCAGGAAACACGACGGGCAGUUUACAGUCAUUCAGUUAGUAGGAAUGCUGAGAGGAAUUGCUGCCGGGAUGAGGUAUUUGGCCGACAUGGGAUACGUUCACAGGGACCUCGCGGCUCGCAAUAUUCUUGUCAACAGCAAUCUUGUUUGUAAAGUGUCGGAUUUCGGCCUGUCCCGGGUUAUAGAGGACGAUCCAGAAGCUGUCUAUACAACAACUGGUGGAAAAAUUCCAGUAAGGUGGACAGCACCCGAAGCCAUCCAGUACCGGAAAUUCACAUCAGCCAGUGAUGUAUGGAGUUAUGGAAUAGUCAUGUGGGAAGUUAUGUCUUAUGGAGAGAGACCUUAUUGGGACAUGUCAAAUCAAGAUGUUAUAAAAGCAAUAGAAGAAGGUUACCGUUUGCCAGCGCCCAUGGACUGCCCGGCUGGUCUUCACCAGCUGAUGCUGGAUUGUUGGCAGAAGGAACGUGCUGAAAGGCCAAAGUUUGAACAGAUAGUUGGAAUUCUAGACAAAAUGAUUCGAAACCCAAAUAGUCUGAAAACACCCCUGGGAACUUGUAGUAGGCCUAUAAGCCCUCUUUUGGAUCAAAACACUCCUGACUUUACUACCUUUUGUUCAGUUGGAGAAUGGCUACAGGCUAUUAAGAUGGAAAGAUACAAAGAUAACUUCACAGCUGCUGGCUACAACUCACUUGAAUCUGUGGCCAGGAUGACUAUUGAAGAUGUGAUGAGUUUAGGGAUCACACUGGUUGGCCAUCAGAAGAAAAUCAUGAGCAGCAUUCAGACUAUGCGAGCACAAAUGCUGCAUUUACACGGAACUGGCAUCCAGGUGUGAUAAGCGUUUCUCCCUUAUGAGGGAGAUUACGGACUGCGAGCGAACAGCACUGGCCUUCGGUAUAUGCAUAAGAAAUGCUGCUAGAAGACAUUGAUGUCCUGGGUCCUUCCUACAGUGAAGAAGAGAUUUAAGAAGCACCUACAGACUUGAACUCCUAAGUGCCACCAGAAUACAUAAAAAGGGAAUUUAGGAUCCACCCCUGGUGGCCAGGAAAACAGCAGUGACAAUAAACAAAGUACUACCUGAAAACAUCCAAACACCUUGAGCUCUCUAACCUCCUUUUUAUCUUAUAGACUUUUUAAAAUGUACAUAAAGAAUUUAAGAAAGAAUAUAUUUGUCAA